AUGAGAAGUUUGUUUUCUGGAAUAUUCACUAACUUUUUAGCGUAGCAUCAUCAGCAAUUAAGGGCUAGGAGUGUAGGUAAAGCUGUAAAAUCAUUUACAGGCAAGGCUAAAUCAACAGCUCAAGAAGAAAUAGCUGAAGUUUAAGAUUUCAAGGAAGAACUCUUAGAAGAUUAGAAGAAAUUUAUUAUUUAAAAAGAAGUAGAGUAAGAAAGAUUAAAAUAAUAAUAUGAAUAGCAAUUUAAAACAGUAGAAUAAUAAAUUGAAAACUAAAAUUUAGAUGUUACUAGACAUGAGCUUAUAUAAAAGACUAAAUAAAGACACGAUUAAAAAGCAAAAUAAGAUGCAUCUAAAGAAAAAUAAUCAAAUUUUGAUGAUCUUUCAAAUGUGAGAUAUUAUGAUGAAGCUCAAUUGACAAGAAGAAUCAGAUAAAGUAAAAAUGGAGAAAGUCUUUUUAAAUUAUAUAAUGCGCAUAAAUUUACAUAUACAACAAAAAAUUUAGUUCACACUCUUACUAAAUACACUCAGCUGGUGCAAUAAAAUAAAAGUAAUAGAUUGCCUAAAUUAGAUCGUAGAUUUAUGAGUUUGUUAAUGAGCUUACAAUCUAAUACAAAUAUGCUAUAAAAUUUAGAAAAAUCAAUGAUAUUAUGGAGCUUAUGCAAGCUGAAUAUGUAAGAGGAAAUAGUAGAAAAACUUAUAAAAGAAUCUGUAGAUAAUAUUAAAUAGCUUACAUUCAAAUAAAUUUCAAUACUAAUAUGGGUUAUGGCUAAAUUUUCAUAUAAAUAAACAAAUCAAUUAAAUAGUGUGUGUCUAGAAGUAGGUUUAAGAUUAGAUGAUCCAUCGGUUAAAAUUUGCACAUAAAAUGAAAUAAAAAAGCCUACUUCCUAGAAAAAAGAAGAAGAGUUAGAUUUUGAAGAUUUAGAAUAAGCUCUAGAAUUACCUGAAGAAAAAGAAAAUAUUAUUGAACCAUAAUCUCUUUCAAUGUUUUUAUGGAGUCUUGGUAAAUUAGGAGUUUAUGAUGAAGAUCUUAUGAAAUCAGCUCUUAAUGUUAUAAGCAAUUAAAUAGAUUAAUUUUCUCCGUUGAUGAUCACUUAAAUUUUAUAUUCCUUUUCAAAUAUAAAAUAUAAAAAUAAAGAAGUAUUUGAAGGAUUUUGUGAAAUGCUUUAAAAGAAAGCAGAUUAACUCAAAGAAGAAAAUGUUUUGACUUUAAAAACUCUAAUUGUUUGUUUAUGCAGACUUAAAGUAGGUGAAUAAGAGUUUAUUUUAGACUUAGCCAAAAUGAUAAUUAACAAAACUAAUUUCAAAAAGAAUCCAAUGUCUCCAAGAUUUAUGUCUGAAAUUUUAUACUCAUUAUCUAAAAGAUAUAUAUACGAUGAAAAAAUUUAUAAUUAGAUGGCAUCAAACACUAUAUAAGUUGCAAGCUCAAUGAAUAUUAAAGAUUGCAGUGAGAGCUUAUAUGCUUUUGCAAAGUAUUUAAAUAAAAAUAAAUCCUUAUAAUAAGCUAUUUAAAUAAUAUGUACAAGAAUAUCUUAAUUAGAAGGUAAAUUGAAUAAAUAAUACAAAUAAUAGAUUUAAGAGUCUCUCAAAAUUGGAAGUAUCCAGAAUAAAGAAAUAAAUAAAAUAUUGAAAUAAUGA